AUGAUGCGAUCGCCUGAGGGUCGAGGCAACGCGGCCUCGUCUCUUCUUCAACGCCUUCCUCAAUCGCCUUCCGCAUCGGCAGCAGCCGUCGUGAUUGUCGCCGCUGCAUUUUUGCCAGUUGCUCUGGCCCACGAUCACGGGACGGAAAACAUCGAGGAGGGAGCGACGGUCUCGGCGGACCCGAUUGAUGCUACAUUAUGGGCCCAUAUUUUUAUCCAGGCACUUGCGUUUGGGAUCUUGUACCCAAUUGGCAUGGUCCUAGGAAUGAUCAAGAGCCGAUGGCAUGUCCCUCUCCAAGUCCUAGCCACCAUCAUUGCCUUCCUCGGGUAUGCCCUCGGCCACAUGCACAAGGGCAGACAGUUCGUCCCGAAUAACGUCCAUUCCAAAUUCGCGACGCCCCUGUACAUCAUCCUCAUCGUCCAGAUCAUCCUCGGCGUCUAUCUCAGGCUCCAUCUCGAGAGGGGCUUCCACGGCCGCGUGCGCCCCGUCAUCCGGCUCCUACACAGCAUCAAUGGCAAGGCGUUCCCGGUCGUGUCGUGGACCCAGAUGCUCUUCGGCGGCAUCACUACCCUGGGCUUCUGCCAGGGCGACCAUUUGGGCCAGUGCCUUGCGCACUUCAUCAUGGGCAGUGCCUUCAUCGCAUACGGUAUACUGCUGACAAUCCUGCUUCUGGUUGGGCAGCUGUGGCUCAAGCGGACUGGCCGUUCGCAGGAGUUCUUCGACAGCGUGGUCAUCGCGGCUUGGGGAUGUGUCAACACCUUUACCGAGCACAGGUGGGGCACCGCUUGGGUCAAGAAUGACUGGCAACACACGACCAUGGGCAUAAUCUGGUGGUGCGCCGGCCUGGCAGGUGUGUGGCUCAGCAAGGGACGGGACGGCCAGCCAAAGAGGAACUUCAUCCCCGGCUUUGUGAUCCUCAUCACCGGGUGGGCCAUGUCUGCGCAUCCCCAGGCACUGCACACCAGUGCCGCGACCCACAGCAUGUUCGGGUACACCCUCAUGGCCGCCGGCUUGACGCGCAUCAUCGAGAUCUCCUUUGUGGUCAAGGACAAGACCGGCAUUUCCGAGGAUGGCUACGAGAUCAACAGCUUCCAGUAUCUCCCCGUUUUCCUUCUCUACGCGUCUGGGUUCCUCUUCAUGGGCGCUACUGAGGAGCAGAUGGCCUUCAUCGCUUCAUCCUCGAUGGACCACGUAGCAUACAUCCUCAUCCUCUACAGCCUUGCCUUCCUGGUGUUCCUCUUCGCCCACGUACUCAUCCACCUGUACGACCGCGCCGCCAACUCCCCCGCUGCUGCCAAAAUCGCCGCGAACGGCAGAGUGCGCCCGGGCGACAGGGCCCUUGACGAUACACAGUUGAGGGAUGCCGAGGAAUUCGAACUAGAUGGCCUGGUGAGUGAGGACGAGGACGAAGAGCAGGCGGCGAGGAGGAAACUGCUCAGGGAAGACGGCAGCGACGAGGAUGCCGGGCUGGCCAGUCCAAGCACACUCGGGCGCAACAGCGACCGGACGGCGCCCUAG